AUGACUGCAGGAUUCGCCGCAAUUGGGCAGGUGCUUGGGAUGUCGAGGGAGGAGCUGAUCUCUGCCGGCGAAAACAUGCUGCAGAAGCCUGCCUGCGCUGUGCAGGGAGCGGGAGGUAAUGAUCCGCGCAAGCACGGCCCAACCACUCCUGUACGGCCUUCAGGAUACACGAAGCAGCUGAACGACAGCCCUGACGAGGAUCUGGUGGGCUCCAACACGAGAGUGUCGCUCGACAGCAAGUUCGCGUCAGCCGUUGGAGCGUACCCCUGCUUCCCGGCACAUCUGCCGAUCCCCGGGACGGUUCCACACUGGCUGUUGUCGCGCCAGCAGGGAGCUGCGGUUUCACUAGUCCAGCCAUCCUAUCCUGUUUACGGCAUCGCGCAGAGCGGUGCGGGCGCACACCCCGGCUUCACAGCUGUGCCUAAGCAGGAGCCCUUGGCCGGAGGAGAGGAUUCUGACGAGGACGGAGAGGGGGAGACCGAGCCAGGAACAAAGCCGACCAAGUACACCGGGGUGUAUGUGGAGGCCGAUACAGGCAAGUUUGGGGUGAAGGUUGUCGCCAAGGACAAGGACGGAAAGAAGGUAACGAAGAGAGUCGGCGCUUACACCACGAUAGAGGAGGCAGCGUAUUGCUACGCGGCAGCAGCCCACGUGCUGAGGCCAGGCAUGGGCACCAGGAACUCUGUGGCUUUAACACCGGCGGAUAGGGCAGCUUUGAAGGGGUGCACUCCUGAAGUCCUAAAAGUCCUGGUGGAUGCCCGCAUGUGGUGGCGCUGGAGGGUAUGGAGGGAGGCGUACGAAGGUGUGAUGCGGAAGGCAGCGCGGGCCAAGAAGAAUGCAACGCCUGCUAAAAGGGGGAGACCGCGAAAGGAGAGUGGUGCGCAGGGUGGUGGCACGGCAGGAGAGGGUGAAGGAGAGAAGGCUGGAAGUGAGGACACUGAGAUCGUUGCCAUCGAACCAACCAACAGCAGGGCGCUUGGGAGGCUCCGCAGUGCCGAUGCAAAGUCCAUGGAUGACAAGACAGAUGAAGCUGGUCGUGGGAGGCAGUAG